AUGUCUCGUGAUACUAUGCUCCUCUGCGGCAGUGAUGCUAUCGGCAACACUCCGUUACUACGACUGAAUCACAUUACCAAAGGACUGGAAGCCACUAUUGCUGUCAAGUUAGAGUAUAUGAAUCCCGCUGGAUCCGUGAAAGAUCGCAUUGCUUUUAACAUGAUCGAGAAAGCAGAAGCUGAAGGAAAGAUCGUACCUGGGAAGACGGUUCUCAUUGAGCCCACCAGUGGCAACAUGGGAAUCGCUCUCGCUUACUGUGCAGCUUUGAAGGGGUAA